UUUACAAUAAAAUGAGAGAGUACGAAAAAGCAAAAGAUUUUUAUAAACGUUCGAUGGAAAUUGAAACGAAAACAAUUGGACCCAGCCAUGUUAACAUUUUGACAACGUAUUACAAUCUGGGUUCAGUUUACAAAGAUAUGGGAGAGUACGAAAAAGCAAAAGAUUUUUAUGAACGUGCGAUCGAAAUUGAAACGAAAGCAUUUGGACCUGACCAUGUUAAUAUUGCGACAACGUACAACAAUCUGGGUUCAGUUUACAGAGAUAUGGGAGAGUACGAAAAAGCAAAGGAUUUUUAUGAACGUGCCAUAGAAAUUCAAGCAAAAGCAUUUGAACCUGAUCAUGUCUAUAUUGCGUCAACGUACAACAAUCUGGGUUCAGUUUACGAAGAUAUGGGAGAGUACGAAAAAGCAAAAGAUUUUUAUGAACGAGCGAUCGAAAUUGAAACGAAAGCAUUUGGACCUGACCAUGUUAAUAUUGCGACAACAUACAACAAUCUGGGUUUGGUUUACAGUAAUAUGGGAGAGUACGAAAAAGCAAAAGAUUUUUAUGAACGAACGAUAGAAAUAAAAACAAAAGCAUUUGGAGCUGACCAUGUUAAUAUGGCAGCAACGUACAACAAUUUGGGUUCUGUUUACCAAGGUAUGGGAGAGUACGAAAAGGCAAAAGAUUUUUAUGAACGAGCGAUAGAACUUGAAACGAAAGCAUUUGGACCUGACCAUGUUAAUAUUGCGACAACGUACAACAAUCUGGGUUUGGUUUACAGAGAUAUGGGAGAGUACGAAAAAGCAAAAGAUUUUUAUGAACGAGCGAUGAAAAUUGAAACAAAAGCAUUUGGACCUGACCAUGUUAAUAUUGCGACAACGUACAACAAUCUGGGUUCAGUUUACAGAGAUAUGGGAGAGUACGAAAAAGCAAAAGAUUUUUAUGAACGAACGAUAGAAAUUAAAACAAAAGCAUUUGGACCUGACCAUGUUAAUAUUGCAACAACGUACAACAAUCUGGGUUUGGUUUACAGAGACAUGGGAGAGUACGAAAAAGCGAAAGAUUUUUAUGAACGAGCGAUGAAAAUUGAAACAAAAGCAUUUGGACCUGACCAUGUUAAUAUUGCGACAACGUACAACAAUCUGGGUUUGGUUUACAGAGAUAUGGGAGAGUACGAAAAAGCAAAAGAUUUUUAUGAACGAGCGAUAGAAAUUGAAACGAGAACAUUUGGGCCUGACCAUGUUAAUAUUGCAACAACGUACAACAAUCUGGGUUUGGUUUACAGAGACAUGGGAGAGUACGAAAAAGCGAAAGAUUUUUAUGAACGAGCGAUGAAAAUUGAAACAAAAGCAUUUGGACCUGACCAUGUUAAUAUUGCGACAACGUACAACAAUCUGGGUUUGGUUUACAGAGAUAUGGGAGAGUACGAAAAAGCAAAAGAUUUUUAUGAACGAGCGAUAGAAAUUGAAACGAGAACAUUUGGGCCUGACCAUGUUGAUAUUGCAGCUAUGUACAACAAUCUGGGUUCAGUUUACAGAGAUAUGGGAGAGUACGAAAAAGCAAGAGAUUUUUAUGAAUGUGCCAUAGAAAUUCAAGCAAAAGCAUUUGAACCUGACGAUGUCUAUAUUGCGACGACGUACAACAAUCUGUGUUCGGUUUACUAUAAUAUGGGAGAGUACGAAAAAGCAAAAGAUUUUUAUGAACGAGCAAUGAAAAUUUUAACCAAUUUAAUUGGUGCUGAUGAGAAAAACAUGGGACUUUUCAUAAAAGCAACGAAAGAUUUAGAUCUCACAGUUGAUACCGUGAAGAAGCAUUAUGUACCUCCCAUUGAUGAUGUAAAGAACAAUGAUGAUUUCUUUAUCAAAAAUUUUCUUAACGAACAUAACGAUAUUCGAGAUGAGAUUCUUGACAAAUUAAAGAGUUUUUCUUGGAUUUGUGGUGGAUAUGGUGUACGGUGGAAACCUCGUCUUUCUUUGUUUGUGACUGUAGCAGCAGAAAGACAAAAUGAUGAAGAUGCAUUAAGAAAAGAAAUUGAUGAAACUUUUGGAUGGAAAGCUUCUCAUUACUUUGAAUUUAUACCGGAACCACAAGAGAAAUCGCAAUUUCGUUGGUCACAAGACAUAGAAGUCAUAAAAAGGGAGAAAGGUCCAAAUCCCACGAGAGGAAAUAUUGAAGAUGAGUGUGAAACAAAGGCACAAGGUCUUCCUGAUCACUAUGCCAGUUUUAAAGACGAUUCUAACGAAGAAAGUUCCAUCGAUGUUAACCCUGGUUAUAGUACGUCAAAGAAGUACUCUCGUCAUAAAUCCAAUGAUGAUCGUUUAUUUGAAGAAAUGUUUCUUGAUAAAAGAUUUGCCAUUCGAAAAGAUGUGCGUAUGAAGCUCAAAAGUUUACCUUGGAUGCGGGGAGAGUAUGGAAAAGUCGGUCCAAACGAGAAGAUACCGUGUUUACAUUUGUUUAUCACAGUUGAUUAUGAUAAUGGAGAUUUUGAUGAAGAUAUAUUGAAAAAUGAAAUAAAUAAGAAUUUUGAACAUUAUGCUUUGAGGUAUUUUGAAUUUCGUCCGAAACCAUCCACGACACCGAAGCUUCAACUGCUAUCAAAGAUUGAAGUAGGAAGUAACAAUGGGACAGUUUCAAGAGGCACAUUAACAAUGUUCUGUUGUCACAACGGGAUACAUUACGCGUUAACAUGUUGCCAUGUUUGUUACAACGGAGAUGGUGUUGACACAUUGUAUGAAAUGCAAAAUCAGAACAAAAAUGACCCAAACAAAUUCAAAUUACAUUUGAAUACAAAUCAAUACAACUACACGUCGCCUCCAAGUCCAUUAGGGCAUUUCAACAGCUAUAAUUUAGAAAAGAAUACGGACAUUUUGUCAAUAGAAGUCAAUGGAAAUGUUUUAGAAACAGUGGAUUGUAGACGAAGAGGAAUACAAAACCCAACUUGGAAUGGUGUAUGGGAGGAGCUGCACGAACGAGUUAACAUAGCACGUGAGCUAGUUGAAGUGAAAAAAUAUGACAAUAGGCGUUUGAAAGGAGAAAUUGUUAAUGAUUCUUAUUCCUGUUAUGAUCCUGAAAACAGGAUUGAUAUUGAUGAUGCUGUUUUGGUGCAGUGCGAUGAAACUUUCCUUGAAAAGGGUGAGUCAGGUGUGCUGGUAUAUUUCCAUGAUGAAGAUGGUAGAAGAAUUCCUUUUUGUUAUGGUGUUGGUGCGUAUUAUUACGAAAAGAUCUGCGACCCCGAGUAUGAGUACUGUUUAUGUUUCAAACUAGAUAUAGCUUUGGAAAAUUUAUUUGGUGAAGAGAACUGUGGCUGUUUUCAUGAAUGUGCGAAUGAUGUUUGAUUGUAGCUAAAACAUCUUCUCAUUUUUAAUUAUAUUUCAUUUAAUUAUAUAGCUAUCUAUAGCAUGUUACAUGGUAGACUGCAAUUCAUAUUAAAAGCAGUAUUAGAUA